AACCCAAACUCUCCUCUUCCUCUCUACCCUCAUGGACAUCUCCUCCAUCGCCGCCAAGCUCAGUCUCUCUGACUCCAAGCUUCUCAUCCGAAAGGCCUCCGAGCUCCGACGUCUCUCCGACAUCCAAUUCGAUUCCUCCGUCAUGGGCGUUGGGGAGGUCUGCAAGGCUGUAAUUUGCUUGGAUAUCGCCGCUUCAAGAUUGCAGGUGUUGAUUGAUCGGCAGAGUGCGAUAAAGAUGAGUGGGUUGUCGGAGAAGGCUUAUAUUAGAUCGUAUAAUGUGAUGCAGAACGGGCUUGGUGUCAAGACGAGUUUGGAUGUUAGGGAGCUUGGGAUUCAGUUUGGUUGCGUGAGGCUUAUCCCUUUUGUGCAAAAGGGGUUAUCUUUUUACAAGGAACGUUUUCUUGCUGAACUGCCAGCUUCUCGUCGAGCAAACACUGACUUUAAUCGGCCAGUAUUUACUGCUGUUGCUUUCUAUUUAUGCGCAAAGAAACACAAGCUAAAAAUAGACAAAUUGAAGUUGAUUGAACUCUGUGGGACAUCUGAAUCAGAAUUCUCAUCUGUAUCAUCUUCUAUGAAAGAUUUGUGCUUUGAUGUUUUUGGGAUUUCAAAUGAAAAGAAGGAUCCAAGGUCUGUUAAAGGACAUCGAGAUUUGUUGGAUGCACUACCUGGCAAAAGGAGGCGCCAGAAUGAUGAAGAUGCUUCUGAAGAUGAUAAUGAUGAGCUUCCAAGCUACAAAAGGCACAAGAAAGCUGAGAAGCAUGCAUAUGAGGAUUGGAAGACCACCGUCAUUUCUUCAAACAAACAAAGCGAUGAAAAGGUUUCAGUUAAGAGAAAGAAGCAAACUAAGCUGAACUUUGGGCCAAAAUCACCAAAAACAAUCACGUUAGAGGCUUCAUAAGUCUCAAAGUUUAUAUUUGAAUUUUUUUCUUUUUAGCUGGUGUAACUGGAGAAAGCUUCAUUUUGGGCUAAUAGGAUUAAAAAUUCUGGAAAGUUACCUUGUUAAUUUAUAUGGUCAUAUACUGUAAUUGAUUUACAGUUCAAUUAAAAGUUUUGAAAGCCAAGGUUGGAACAGAAUGGA